AUGGCCGACCCCAUCACCGCCAUUGGCACCGCGUCAGCAGCGCUACAGAUUGCACAGAUGGCGCUGCAGACAGGCAGCUACCUAUGCAAGCUUGCAAAGGCCAUUUCAAAGGUUGAGCAAACGAUAAGCAGUUUGGGGGCGGAAGCGAUAGCCGUCAGUAAUGCGUGCAACCUCAUCAACCAAGAAAUCGAAGGCGUGCUGCCUGCUCAAGGCGUAGACGGCAACAGCAAGUACGAUGAAGAUGGAUCCUUGUGGAAGAGUGUCACCCUACAGCUUGUCGCAACUAGAAACACCGUGCGCGACCUGAGAGCGAUCGUUGGUGAGGACGACAACGAGAGCAAGGAUUUCUUCCAGAGGGCUCGUAAGCAAAUCCAUCUCGACAGGAAUAAAGAUGGGCUGGCAGCAAUACAACACCGGUUACAUGUACACACGCAGAGUUUGCAAAUGGCGUUGCAGAUGGUCAACAUCAAGGUUGCUUAUCUCGCACCUAAGAUCGUUACUGAUGAUCUUGGCGAUAAGAUUGAGGACCUGAAGAUGGGCAUACAGACGCUUCAAUCUGAGUACCAACUCAGCGGACAGAAAGGCAUGACACCCAGUGAGGUAGAGCUCAUACAAUGCGCAAAGGACAUCAUGCGGAGCGGCAAGACAUUGUGCGAAGAGAGCUCGGCUGGGGGGGACAUGCAAAGUGGUGAGAAGGCAGCUCGACUUAAUAAGCUAGUCGCGGAGUGGACUGUCGAUGUGGAGUCACUGCGUCGCGACACGGAGCGGUCUGCGUUUUCUGAUGCUGAGACACAGAUCCCCAGCAUCCUGAGCGGCGACGACCUACCGUUGACCAGUGCCGUACUUACGACACCGAUCGACCAGGACGAGGAUGACCGUUUGUGCCAGAAUACCGAUGAGACAGAUGACGAGGAGGACGACUUCUCACUGGAGAUUGCUCAAGCCGCCCUCGAGCAGGGCCAGCAAGCUUUCGACCAGGAAGAUUGGAGAGAGGCAGAGGCGUUACUCAAAGAGGCUCUUUCAACUCUCAAGACUCUCUCGCCGAAGCAUCGGACUGGUUGUGAUAUAUUCGAGCUUGAGUAUAGGCUUACCGUCUGUGCAUACCACACUAGGGAGCCAGCGAUCGCCAAAGAAGCCCUCAUGAGCCUCGUAGGCCAGACACCGACGUCGGACGAACAGAAGGCCCGUAUCUAUGAUGCUGCUCAUCUGCUGGCGCAGUUGCACCUGCGAGAAGGUGAAUUGGAACCAGCCCGAAUGACCUGCGAGAGUACUCUCAAGGCUAGGUCGAAACUUCUGGGGAGGACACACGAUUCCUACCUCGAGUCGCUCGCCCUCAUGGCUCAUGUACAUUUUGUGCAAGGCAAUGCCCCGCGAGCGAAGGUUUUGAUGGGCAUGAUACCAGAACCUCGCAGAACAGCCUUGCGUGAGAGCUUGCAGGUGCUUCCAACACCAAGAUCUCCUAUGGUUUUGGGCGAUGUGGAUGUCGGGAGUAUUGCGGAAACUUUAGACUCCCAAUCCACCACGAUUCAACAGUCGGCUAAUGUCAGGUCCGAUAGCUUGCCAGACUUACCGACAGAGCGCCUAGAUUCUGGGAUGUCCUUGCACUUUUCGGAGAGCCGACAUGGGUCACGGGAUUCGCGCACGAACGAGUAUACCUUUGAGAAGGUUAACUCACUUGAGCCGGUACACCUUCACACGGUGGCAACUCAAUCCGAUAAAGUGGUGGAAGCCGGUGGCCUCAAGUCUGAGCGUUUCGAUCGUACAGACUCUAUCAUUACUCAAGGCAUCACGCCAUCUGUUGCGUCCUCUGUAGACAGGUCGGCUAGGGAGGUAAUUCUCACCCACGUAGGACGUGAGCCUAGAGGUAUGUUGGAGCGCGCGAUAUGCGGAGGCGACCUGGAGCUUGCACUUUCGGUGAUUACGACCGACGAUCAGAUGGCGGUUUCGAGAGACUCAUUCGCACUUCAUUAUGCUGCCUGCUUUGGGGACCUGGAGGUUGCAGCUGCGCUCCUUAAACAGGGAUGGAAGGUCAACUCUGUUGUACGCACCAAAGCAACUAUGCGGUAUGCGCCACUCGAUCUUGCGAUGGCCACUCGGCGACCACUUAUGGUAAGAUUGCUCUUAGAGCAUGGUGCAGAGCUCGUAUCUGGCAGGCCGAACGGCUAUGGAGGUGACGUGAGGAAUUGUUAUCCGUUCGCCAUAUGGCUGGAGAAGCCCUGGUGUACCGCCUUUCCUGCGACAGAAUCCUCCGACAUGAUUGCGUGCAUCGCGCAUGCGCUGGAUCAUGGCUGGGUCAUUGAUCAACCAAUUGGUUUCUGCGAAGAUAACGCUGAACCGACCGGCUUCAAGGAUGACAGUGGGGUAUAUACAUGCACCCUUCUUCGACAGAUAGUACGCAAUCCUCAAGUGGGCACAAUGGUCCGUUGCACUCUAGUCGACUUCCUCCUCAAGCAUCGAGCAUCGCCACUCGAUACACUACAUCGUGGCCAAACCAUACUGCAUACAGCGAUCUGGUACAACCGUCCAGACGUUAUACCUGUGCUUCUCAAGAACAAUGCUGAAGUGCAGCUCGCGCAGAGAUGCAACCUCGACAAACUCGUCUCUAGCGGUGAAGAAGACGCUCUGUGUCUCGCAGUCAGGCUAGCUGCAAGCAAACGAACUGGUGCAGCUACUGUGAAGGCGCUGUUGACAGCUGGUGCGAAGGUAAGCAGUAAGAAUAAGGUUCGAGCAGCAGAUGUACCUGCAUCGCUACAGCGGCAGGAGACAAAGCAGAAACUCAAGAACAUGUUGAAAAGGGACUUCAUGGUAUCUGUCACACCGUUGGAGAUUGCGCAGGCUUCGGGCAGUACACAGCUUAUGCGAAUCAUGCAAGAACACAUACACUGA